UUGAUUUCUGAGCAUCUACUCGCGUUUCUCUCCAGUCAUCCUACCUAAUCUCAGGAUCAUCGCCUCGGCGCAUCACAUAACACCAUGGCUAACUACCUCGCCUCCAUUUUCGGUACAGAACAAGACAAGGUCAACUGCUCCUUCUACUACAAGAUCGGUGCCUGUCGACACGGUGAUCGCUGCUCGCGCAAGCAUGUCAAGCCCUCGUACUCGCAGACCAUCCUGAUGCCGAACAUGUACCAAAAUCCCGCCUACGACCCGAAGAACAAGAUGAACCCGAGUCAGCUGCAGAACCACUUUGAUGCAUUCUAUGAGGAUGUGUGGUGUGAGAUGUGCAAGUACGGCGAAUUGGAGGAGCUGGUUGUUUGCGACAACAACAAUGACCACUUGAUUGGCAACGUCUACGCCCGCUUCAAGUACGAGGAAGACGCACAGGCCGCCUGUGAUGCGCUAAACUCGCGAUGGUACGCAGCGCGACCGAUAUACUGCGAGUUAUCACCGGUGACGGACUUCCGGGAAGCGUGCUGUCGGCUGAAUAGCGGGGAAGGCUGCGUCCGUGGCGGCUUUUGCAAUUUCAUUCAUCGCAAGGAUCCCAGUAAUGAGCUGGAUCGGGAGUUGCGGUUGAGUACGAAGAAGUGGCUGAAGGACCGGGGACGCGAUGCUCGGAGUGUCAGUCGCAGUCCCAGCCCGGAGCCCACCCGGCGGAGAUACUAG